CUCCGAGGGUCUGCGCUGGCUUCUCCUCCCAGAGUCUGGAAAGAAGACCCCCUUGGGGAGGGGAGCCGCUGCUUCUCGACUCACCAUCCCCCCCCUCUUUUUUCCAGGUUGGCUCUCGGUGGUCCUGGCGGCCUCAGCAGACGCCUGGAUGUGGCGGGCACUUGAUGAGCUGGCUGCGGGUUGGCCCUGCUCGGAGGGCUGAGUGGUUGGCCUUCCAUUCCGCUGGCCAGCUGGGCAGGGGUGUCUCCCCAAAGACUGUUGGGUCGUGCCCUCUCACCGGCACAGCCGGGCUCCCCAGCAGGACCCGGGUGGCUGCACAUCUCCCAGAAGGGGCUGCGGCAGCGCCAUGUCGGCCAGUAAGUUUGGCGUGGCCGACUAUGCCAUUUUCGCUUUGCUGCUGGUGUUCUCGGCCGGCAUUGGGCUGUUCCACGCACUGAGCGGCGGCAAGCAGCGCACGGUCCAGGAGUUCUUGCUCGCGAACCGCAGCAUGAGUUUCUUGCCGGUGGCCCUCUCCCUGCUGGCCACCUUCCAGUCGGCCGUGGCCAUCCUGGGCGUCCCCGCUGAGAUCUUCCGCUUUGGGACAGAGUACUGGUUCCUCGGCUGCAGCUACUUCCUGGGGCUCCUGAUUCCGGCCCACGUCUUCAUCCCCGUCUUCUACCGCCUGCGGCUCACCAGCACCUACGAGUACCUGGAGCUGCGUUUCAACAAGGUGGUGAGGGUCUGUGGGACGGCCACCUUCAUCUUCCAGAUGGUGGUGUACAUGGGGGUGGUCCUCUACGCCCCCGCCCUGGCUCUCAAUGCAGUGACCCAUUUUGACCUCUGGAUCUCUGUGCUGACCAUUGGCCUGGUCUGCACUUUCUACACUGCUGUGGGCGGGCUUCGCGCAGUCAUCUGGACCGAUGUCUUCCAGACGUUUGUCAUGUUUGCAGGACAGGUGGCCGUCAUCGUGGUGGGCACCAUCAAGGUCGGCGGCAUGGGGCGUGUUUGGCAGCUGGCCUCAAAGGAAGGCAGAGUGUCUGGCAUCGACCUGGACCCCGACCCGUACGAGCGGCACACCUUCUGGUCCCUGGCCUUUGGGGGUGUCUUCAUGAUGCUGUCUCUCUUUGGGGUGAACCAGGCCCAAGUCCAGCGGUACCUGAGCUCCCGCACGGAGCGCCAGGCUGUGCUUUCCUGCUAUGCCGUCUUCCCCUGCCAGCAGAUCGUUCUCUGCCUCAGCUGCCUCACCGGGCUGGUCAUGUUCGCCUUCUACCAGGAGCACCCCCUCUCCCCGGAGCAGAGCCGAGCCAAGCCCGACCAGAUGGUCCUCUACUUUGUGAUGGAUGUGCUCCAGGAGGUGCCCGGCCUCCCCGGUCUCUUUGUGGCCUGCCUCUUCAGCGGCUCUCUGAGCACCAUCUCCUCGGCCUUCAACUCCUUGGCCACCGUGACCAUGGAGGACCUGAUCCGCCCAUAUGUGUCCAGCCUCCCUGAGGGACGCGCCACUCUCUACUCCAAGCUGUUGGCUCUGGGCUACGGCCUCCUCUGCUUGGGCAUGGCUUAUGUCUCCUCCAUGAUGGGCCCAGUGCUGCAGGCUGCCUUCAGCAUCUUCGGCAUGGUCGGGGGGCCCUUGCUGGGACUCUUCUGCCUUGGCAUGUUCUUCCCUUGUGCCAACGCGACGGGUGCUGUGGCUGGCUUGGUAGCUGGGCUCGCCAUGGCCUUCUGGGUCGGCAUCGGGAGCUUCGUGGUCAACAUGCAAAGUGCGGCCCCGGCCCCCACCCUCCCUCCGCUGGAUGGAAACCUGACGACGGCCAUCAUGACGACAUUGCUGACCUCGCCAGCACCCCCGAAGAGGCCCACGGGGCUACGGAAGUUCUACAACCUGUCAUAUAUGUGGUACAGUGCGCACAACUCCACCACCGUCAUUGUUGUGGGGCUGCUGGUCAGCCUGCUUACAGGCCCCACACGGGGAGAGGACGUGAACCCUCGCACCAUCUUCCCCGUGCUGCCACGCCUGCUGUGCUGUUUGCCUAAAAGAUACCACGACCGACUGCGCUGUGGGGUCCGUGACCCUGACAAGGAUGGCAGCGACGGCCACGACGCCGGCUCUCUGGCCCCAGAGAAAACGGGCAACGGGGUGCUCCAUGGGCUCCCGGAUGGCCUCCCCCCAGGGAGUGGCCCUGAGGGGGAAGGACCGGGCGAAGGGUUUGUCCGGAAAGACGCAGCGCACGCCUACAUCCUGCAAGAGACGUCCCUGUGAACCGGGCAGAGCAAAUCAGCCGGAAGGGGUGGCGGGGCCAACUCUCUGAACACGGAGCCUCCAUCUGCUGGGGGUGGGGGAGCUCCAUCUUGUGAAUGUGCCAAUCUCUGUGGGAGGAGGGUGGGGGACUGCCCCCCCCUCCGUGCCAUCAAGCACCGGGUCCCUCCUCUUUGCUCACCUGCAGGGCUUGGAAUUUCUCCUACCCACCCCACCCCACCCCACCCCGUCUCGGAGGGAGGGGGGAUGGGCCACACCAAAGAAGCCACUGCCCUUGCAGUGGGGCUGACCCACGGCUGUUGCUGCCCCGGAAAUCCCGCUCAUUCCUCCUCCUGCGGCAGGUGUGGGGCGCAGAAGCAAGGGCUGUGGACUCCCCCCCUCCUCAAGAGAGACGUGGAGGAGCCCCCUCCCAGCCUCUUUCCUCCCCAAGACCUGCCUUUGGGGCCGUGGGGAGAGGGGCGCAGACAUUCCCGCCCCCAAGGCUUCUGGGGCUGCCUCACAACGGGCUUCUCUUUUUGCUCAUGGCUGGAGCGGGGGGGGGCUCUGUGUGUGUGUGUGUGUGUGCCGAGCACGCGCCGGCCCCCCUUUUCUUUGUUGUCUCGGUUUUGUCUCUGCGAGAAGUUGUCUAUUUUCUUGGUCCCUGUUUCCUGUGUCUCUGAGGCUCUUCUCGCCAUUGUCAGUAAAAGCCGUGUUUUGUUGGUGUGCAGUUGUUUCCCUGUCUCUGGUGGUGGGUCCUGGCCUUGACCUCAGCGGUUCCAAGGGCGCCCCCUUCCCACCCACCCCUUCCCAGUCCUGGGGUCGGACUUCUGGGCAGAGCGGAGGGCAGCCCCCCCCAGGGCCAGGCAGGGGAGGAGAGGUCAGGAGGGGGCCAGCACCCCUUCCGGCCAGGGCGAAGCUGGCCUGAAGACAGCAGGGCCAGCCGGUCAGCCGGCUUCUUCACCUUCUGGCUCCCCGAUGCCCCAGGCGGAGGCUUCCCUCGCAGGUCCCCCUUGGCCUCCCUCUCUUGCAGGGCUGGAGGGGAAGGGCUCUGCCCCACACAGGACGCAUUCGCUGUUAUGCCACCAUCCUUGGUAGCCAUGUUGGCUCCUGGGAACCAAAACCCAAGCCCGCAGGACCUGCUUGGCCUUUCAGGACCCACUGUUGUGCCAAAACAGCCUGCAAGCUUCUGGGUGUCCCAGAACUCUUCAUCAUGUCCUUUUAAAAAACUAGUAAGAUACAGGGUGGGACACGGCAAGAAAUCAUGGAGGUCAACAACAAAUAGGGCUAGAUGCACCUUCAGCUAAGAGUCUUUAAUGCAUCAGCACGCUGGGACUGCAAGGCCGGAGCAGCGCUUGCGUUGAAGCAAUAAAUAAAUGGGUUUCUACGUCUCCAA